AUGGAAGAAUGGGAGUAUCUAAUCAUGUCUGCUAAAUUCUCCGACGAAAAGAUUGAAGACCUUAAUCUUGCGACCCAUGAACUGCCUGAGUUACAUCGCGAGUAUCUCUGGCAGCGUCAUGGCACGCUGGAUCUGGAUCCCAUUCCCAGUAUGGAUCCGGCCGAUCCAUACAACUGGCCCGGGUGGAAGAAAGUCGCCAACCUCUGCCUAGUGGCGUUCCAUGCCUGCAUGGGCACCCUGACGGCCGCCGCCAUUAUCUGCGCCUACGAAGAGAUCUCGCAAGAUCUGGAGGUCUCGCUGCAACGAGUCAGCUACCUGACCUCGCUGCAGAUCGCCAUCUUGGGCGUCGCCCCCUUGUUCUGGGAAACCGCUGUCGCAUCGCGUCGCGGCGUGGGCAACGUGGGUUGCGCCGUCAGUCACUCGUACGCCGCCAUGGCCGCCUGUCGCGCCCUCGUCGCCUUCUUCAUCUCACCCGCCAUGGCCCUCGGCAGUGCCGUGGUCACGGAGACCUUCUUCCAACGCGAGCGCGCUCGGUAUAUGGGCAUCUGGACGGUCAUGGUCACCCUGGGGGUACCGGUCGGGCCGUUUCUCUUUGGUUUUGUCGCGCAGCGUGUCGGAUACCGCUGGAUCUACUGGGUGCUGGCCUUGACCAACGCCGGCGAGUUCCUCCUGUAUCUCGUCUUCGGGCCAGAAACGCGUUACGUGGGAGAUGAAACGGAUACUGGCUCGUCCUUCCAGCGUCAAUACCUCUCGAUCCGACGGAUUGAUCGCACUCCCUUGACUGUGUCCGAGUUCGUGCACCCGUUGACCCUCGUGCGAUACCCGUCCGUGCUAUUGUCGGCCAUCGCGUACGCCAUGGUGUUCGUGUUCGCCUCGGUGAUGAACUCGGUCGAGGUACCGCAGCUGCUGCAGCAGAAAUUCGGACUAGACGUGCAGCAGCUAGGACUACAGUUCCUAGGAUUGAUUAUCGGCUCGUUGCUGGGCGAGCAACUGGGGGGCAUCCUGUCCGACGUGUGGAUGAACGUGCGGGCGCGACGCAUCGGACACCCGCCGGCUCCCGAAUAUCGUCUCUGGCUCAGCUACGUCGGGUUCCUGGUGACCAUCGCCGGUAUGGUAGUCUUCCUGGUGUGUACAGAGCAAGCGACGCAGGGCCACUGGACCGUGACGCCAGUGGUGGGCACAGGGAUUGCAGCGUUCGGCAACCAGGUGGUGACGACGGUGUUAACGACCUACGCGGUGGAUACACAUGCGCAGGAUUCUGGCAGUGUAGGCGUCUUUAUUAAUUUAGUGCGGUCCACCUGGGGGUUUCUUGGUCCGUUCUGGUUCCCCGAUCUGUUCGACGCCGUGGGAAUCGCCAACAGUUCUGGGGUGGUUACAGCAUUGAUUGUGGGGGUCGGAAUCUGUCCGACGGUCUGGCUGCAUUGGCGAUACUAUUCUCCUAGAUCAAGGUUAGAAUCAGAUUAA